UUGUCCAUGUUGGAAAUUAUCCUUAUGCUUCAUUGUUUCAUUGUCCAUAUCGUUAUAACCUAAUUGCAGAUUCACGGAUGCUACGUAUGUUGUGAGGGAACUUAAUAAAAUAAUCAAUAACUAUUGGAUGGGGCAAUAUAUUAGUUUCAGCAACGCUCCACAAGAAUUAAAGGAUUUGUGGUGGAAUGAGUUCAAGCGGAAGUUCAGGUGGGAUGAAACGAAAGAAUAUGAAGUUAGAAGAAUUUUUAAGAAGAAAGCCGGUGAUCACAUGCGAAAUGUAAUGAAUAAAGCAAAGAUUCGUCAAGAAAAACCGGAUUUUAUUACGACUGACAAUUGGACGGAAAUUAAGAGAACUUGGGACACCGAAAAGCAUAAGCAAAUGAGUGAACGAAAUAAGAAGAAUCGAACUUCUAGUUCGAGUCAAGGGUCUGCCACAUAUGCUGGGGGCUCUAUCAACAUCGGGGAGCAUAGAAAAAGAAUGGCAAAUGAAUUGGGGACGGAACCGACAUUUGCAGCUACAUUUGAACGCACAUUUCAGAAAAAAGAUAAGACAUGGACUGGCGAUCGCGCAAAAGCUAUUAAGGAAAAAUAUGAUGAACUUUUAAUAAGCACUGCUAGUGGUGGCGAUGGUGUUGCUACGUCUGAGCCAUCGAUUGAUAGUAUGGUAUUAUGGGUGGAGGCAUCGGGUGGAAUGAAAAGAGGAAAAGUAUUUGGGAUGGGAUCCUUGUCAAGGGAAUACACAACGAAGGCUGUUGCAACUUCAUCCUCCAAUGCAGCUGUUUAUGCAGCUUUACUUGUACAGAAGGACGAUGAAAUUAGAGUGGUCAAACAACAAUAUAAAUCUCUAGAGGCUCAAACGCAAUUGAUCAUGCGACACCUCAACCUCGAUCACGAUGAGGUUCCUCGUAUACCUCCCACUAAUCCAAUAGGUGAUGGGCACAAUGAUAAUCAACACAAUGAUGAGGAGAUUGCUGCUACUGAUGAUGAUUUUGUCGGUCCUUGCUAG